ACUAACGUGAACACCAAACGAGUUUUUCCGCCACCCUCCUGCCUGCAUAUUUGGGCGGAGUAUGUCAUCGUAUUCUCAAAAUGCUACCGUUGACUUACGACAGAAAGUCACUGGCCUCAGACGUCAACUCAGCCACCCACAUCUAAACAAAUUUAAGGAGGCCAAAAAGGAGAUUGGGAGUUUAUACAAUGACAUUUUAUGUUACGUAUCUGAUUGUCACAAAUUUGCUGAGGAACAAAACGAUGAAGAGAGAUUUUCCAGGUUGAUUGGCGAAGAAACUUACUUGGAGGUUGAACAUCAACUUCAGAAGAUUCGGAGUAUCCAAGAAAUAAUUGCCCGUAAUCAAAUGAAAUGUGCAUUUUUCGGCAGGACAUCGAAUGGAAAAAGUACUGUAAUAAAUGCAAUGUUGGGUUCAAAACUGUUACCUUCUGGUUUGGGUCAUACUACCAGUUGUUUUCUGGAAAUUCAAGGCACAGAUCAAGAGACAGGAUAUCUCCUUAUGACGGAAUGUGAAACUAACAGAGAUCCCUCAGAUAGCUCAAACCAGGCUCGUCCGAUUGACUCUGUUGGUCAGUUGGCUCAUGCACUGAGCAGUGUCAAACUUUCCGCAGAUACUUUGUUAAAAAUAUUUUGGCCCAGCUCACAUUGCAGACUUUUACGUGAAGAUGUUGUUCUUUUGGAUAGUCCUGGUAUUAAUGUAGAUCCCGAUAUGGAUAAGUGGAUCGACCUUCAUUGCUUGGAUGCUGACGUUUUCAUCCUUGUUGCCAAUGCUGAGUCAACAUUGAUGCAAGCUGAAAAAGAUUUCUUCCACAAAGUUAGUCAGAAACUAUCUAAACCCAAUAUUUUUAUUAUUAAUAAUCGAUGGGAUGCUUCAGCAAACGAAAUGGAAUAUGUUAAUGAGGUUCGUGAGCAACACCUGCAGCGUUGUGUAGCAUUUCUCGUCGAUGAAUUGAAGGUAUGUUCACGUACAGAGGCAGAAGGACAUGUGUUCUUCGUUUCGGCUCGUGAAGCCUUAGCAAUACGGACGAAAGCAAAUUUAGGUGAAAAUCUUCAUGCAGCCACAAGCAUAGGAUCUCCUUUACCAGCAAUGGCGUAUAUGGCUGAAGGAUGGAAAGACAGACUUUUAGAAUUCCAGAAUUUUGAAACUAUUUUCGAGAAAAAUCUUUCUGAGUCUGCUACCCGUACUAAAUUUGCAGCUCAUUCUGAACAAGGUAAAGAUGUAGUGAACAAAUUUAGAACAAUAAUGGAGAAUAUCUAUGAGACUACAGUUGAAGAAAAAGAUGCUGCUGUCCGAUGUCGUCGUCUGUCUCAAGCACAUCUUGAAGAAGUACGUUCUCGAUUGAUGAAAACAACUCAAGCUGUGGACGAAAUGCUUCAUGCUAGUUUGGCACGUGUUGAAGCUCAAGUUGCCAGUGCGUUAAAUGCUGAGAUCCGACGUUUGGGUGAACUUGUUGACAGUUAUUCACGCCCCUUUCAUCCAGAUCCAGCACUGUUGCAUGUAUACAAGCGAGAACUAAAUACACACGUUGAACAUGAAUUGGGUCGGAAACUUACUGAAGCCUGUUCUAGUGAUAUUCUUAAUGAAGUUGCUCGAUGUGAACAAUUAAUGAUGAGUAAACAUGCUGCUAUUGUUUCAGAUGAAAUUUGUAAAAAUCGCAUCCUUCAGUUAGUGGAUCCUACUGCAUUCUCUCCAGAAUUCCAUGUUGACUGUCGUAAUCUUUGUGCUAAUUUUCGUGAGGAUAUACAGUUUCGCUUUUCUCUUAGUUUGGGUACGUUAUUCCAACGCUUAUCAACACCACGUCGUUCGUUAACCGGUUAUCAUUGGACACAAUCGGAUGGUAUUCCUUCUAGUUUGGUCAAUUCAUCUUUACUAGCCAGAUCUCCAUUAUCUAUUGAUAUAUUCCCAUCGCUUAUGAGCCGAAGUGCAGUUGGAGCAGUUAUUGUUUUCGGAAUAGUAAGUUUUAUAUUUGACUUUUGAUAUUGCUUCCUUUAGAAUAUUUUAAGACCUGAAAUAUAGGGUGUUAUGAAAUGACGUCUAUUAAAUACUUUUUGUCACCAUAUCGUACACUAACAAUGAAUCAUGUUUGAAUUAACCAGAGAUAUGCUUAAGCUUGACGAGAUCUCGUACUGGAUUCAUUUCAAAUUUCAAUAUAUUUCGUGUUUGUUCUUAGUGGAAUAAAUAACUAAAACUUGGUGUUCGACAAGUGCUCAAAGUUGUUGUUGUGGCGUUUAAUAGAACCUAGUAAAUGAACAACUGAAUAUUCGUGUGCAGCUUUGAGUACUUUUCUGUGAAAUGCUUUUGGUUCAUGGUUAAUAAUUUUUCUACCCUGCCACUACCUGUAUCAUUUGUCACAUUUCUUUUUCUCCACCUUAAAUAACUUAGGGGAGGGUGGUAUACCGUGCAGUAAACGUCAACCAUCUGGUAUCGUCAUUCUUCAAUGUGCUCUUUUUGGUAUUUUGUUUUCACACUACCUUUCAGCCAGUAUCAAAACCCUAGGGUUCAUAAUCACUUUCAGCCCGCGUAUUUGCUGAUCACAUGAACUCUUUGUUCCGGUCUUCUUAUUUUAUUCGAAUAAGUUGUUGCCUCAGUGACGGAAUUAAAGGUACUUAGUAGACACAUUUUGUUGUACUUGUAAAACACUAAGUGGUCUGUUGAAUGACAAAGUUGGGGUGACUUGAGGUCACAGUUGACCUAUACUAGCUGACGGUGUAUAAACUUACGACAAUGUUUUCAGUUAAGCUAAAACCAAGAAAACUCAAAAUGUCUAGGCAUAAAAAAAUCGAAAUGCACUCAGCAACCUUGUACACAUUCGCGCAGUAGGCAAUGAGCCUUGAUGUUUUCAAUAAUUAUGACAUCUUGAUUCCAUAUUGUGUAAAGUCAAGUAAUGAGUCGUACACAUAUUUUACCGUUUUAAUCAGUAUACUCUUGCCUGAUUAAUGAUGUAAUUACUCUUUUGAUCAAUAAUCUAAACAUCCCAAUCAAUAAACGUUUUUGCGUUUUAUAUUUGAAAUAUUUUCCAUGCAUCAGUCAGUCAGUCAACAUCGAAGUGGAACCUGGAACCUAGCAGUCUAAGCUGCAAAACCUCGCAGCACCACACAAGGUAGAAAUUACCAAAAUGAAAGAGGGAAAUAAGGAAGAAGUCUUAUGAAGGAAGAGGGAUAAAACUAAGAUGAAAUUUGAAAUGAUUCAGAUGCAGAUAGUAUAUGGAUGCAUUUGUGCCACUUAGGUCGAUUUUAAGCCAUAUUACCUUUUUUGUGGUCCUAAAACUUGGGAGGUGACAUGUCUGAAAACCGGUCAAAAUGGUGCAAAUCUAUUCACUUCCUGAUGCCUUCUAAAGCUUGAAUGUUUACUCUAGCCUUUAUAAUCAAAUUGCCUGUUCUCUAACACAAAUUUGCUACUUUAAUAUCACUCUUUUUCUGUCUACCUGCUAUUUUUAUACUACUAUAAAGUUUGGCAACUUGAACUGAUGGACUUGUAUUCGAGGUUCUACGUUAAGUUUGUCUGUGUACCUGGCUGAAACCUAGGUUAAUCGUUCGGUAUCCAUGGCGUAAAAUCCCCUGGUCAAGAUUAUGUAUCAAUUAUUAUUUGAAGUUACUGCACAUGCAUUUAUCGUUUAAACAUUUGAUUAUGACUUUGGUGUAUAUAAUUCAGCAUGUGUGUAAAAUCAGAGUACCAAUGAUUUGAAAAUUGAUAUUCAAGAUCUAAACAUUGUUAAUAAAGAUGGAAUAUGAAGACAAUUGAAUCAGUUGUUAUCAAUUACAUGAAGAACAACUUACAAUUACAACAGCAACAUGUGUAUUAAUUCGAGUCAAUACCUAUUAUUAUUAUUGUUAUUGUCUCUGUAUUACUAAGCUAAUCUACAUAACUGAAGUUUUAAAAGAAUUUAUAUCUUAUGCAGUAGAUGGCUAAAAGGAUGGAGUUACUUUGACAUUACUGUUGCAUAUGUUAGGACAUCUAAAAUGCCUGAUUAAGGAUCAGCUGUAUUUUAAUCUCAUCUUUCAACAUUAUUUUAUGGUGAACUGUGUUACUGAAGGACAAAAGGAUUCAGGUCGUCUUACUUUCUUCAUGCGUGCAACAUAAACAUUAAGUUCGAAUUCUGAGGGCUAUUAUAACCCAGCAUUAUCGGUUGCUCGCUUUUAAAGCUCAUAUCUCCAUUUAAAGUUUGUUUAUUUCUAAAGGAGAAUAUUGAUAAUAUUGAACAAUUUACUUAUUCAUAACAAUGUACCUUCUUUUGUAUUUUCUUUAAUGAAACGUAUCAAGUAUACAUCAUUGUUUAGUUCUAGCAGGGUUGAUUGGAUUCUUAUGAAUCAUGCAUUGUUUAGGGAGCUGACUUUCAACCAGUGGAUCGUGGGUUCGAACACCGCUCCACCUCCCGAGGUUUUAGCAGCCAGCUAGUAUCAUUAGCCGCCACACAACAGGUGUGGCUCAUUGCCUACUGCAUGAAUGAAUAUACACAAGGUUGCUGAAUGGAUUUCGACCUUUUUAAUCAUGCAUGAUUUCUCCAUUUAUAAAACAGCAAGUGAACUGUGAAUGAUACUCUCAGUUUUAUUCAUCCUCAACACUUUUUCAGGAAUGUUGUUUCAAGUAACUCUCCAUUGUGUUCAUUUUAGUUAAUUAUUUUUAUUCAGUGUACCUUUGAUGUUUGUUGACUUGUCUUAGGCUUUCUUUUUCUUAGUAAUAUCUGUCAGCAUAAACACUGUGAUUCUGAGUAGGAAUUCAUUUUCACUAAUUCUUUAAGUAGCCCAUUGAUAUGUACAACCUCUGUUUAUUUUUUGUUAGUAAAAAUAUUCCAGUACUCGUUAUUUUGCAGUUGUAAUUUGGUUGAUAAACCUAUGUUUUCACGACUGAAGUGUUCCCUCGGUUUUCUUAUUUUUACUACUCAAGCUAUCGAAAGCUGUUGGAUGGCGUGUUCUAGCUCUGGCUUCUGGUAUUUAUGGUGGUCUUUACCUUUACGAACGUCUUUCUUGGACAAAUAAAGCCAAGGAAUCAGCUUUUAAACGUCAGUAUGUCGAUUUUGCGUCUCAUAAAUUACGUUUAAUUGUCGAUCUGACUAGUACAAAUGCACGUCAUCAAGCUAAAAGAGAACUGCAUUUAGCGCAUAAAAAGCUAUCUAGUGAGGUGGAACAUUUUGGUGAUAACCUGGUAGAAGAGGUAAAGCAAUUAGAUAAUGAUAUUGGCCGACUGGAUUUGAUAACUGCAGAGGCAAAGAAACUUAAAAAUCGAGCUAACCAACUAGCUUCUAACCUAUCAAAGUUUCAUGAGACAUUCAUUUCGAAUCCAUGGGAUGAAGCUAACUAGAACCAUUUUAUAAUACUGAGUCGGAGAAAUAAUUUUGUAUAUGCUUACUUUAUCCAUUAUUCAAGUGAAGUUGAUGACAAGAACAGAAAUCUAGAAGUGUUAAAUGUAUUCUAGCAGUAUAGCAGCUACUGUUUACUUAUUUUCUCCCCAAAGCAGUUUAAUAUAUAUGCACAUUUUCAGUCUAGGCUUUAACGAAUAGUUUUUAACUUUUUCAAUGCAUUCGAUAUACUACUUUAGAUCCUGUUAAAGCAUAAAAGUAAGUAGAGACAAGAAGAUACUUUUAGAUUUAAAAGUGAUAUUCUCUUAGUAAAUAUGAGUGUAAUAUACCUUCUUUUCUCUAGUUAAUUUACGUAUAUAUUUCUUCAUUUAUGAAAUUAUACAUAUGAGUGUUCAUGAAUUUAUAUAAUGUACGCCAGUGAGUGAGUAGAGUAAACUGCUUGGGAAAAUGUCCCCAUAUCAUGUUUACUUUUUUGACUUUUGUCAUUGUUGUUGUCGUCAUCAUCUCCUGUCUCGAUUCUUUUUGUUGUUGAAUGGAUGUACACAUUUCUGAUAACAAUGAUUUCAGUUUUACUUCAGGC